AUGGACUCUCCAAAUACAGAUACAAUUGAACAACCCCCUAAAGACUCGGAUGUUGCCUUUAUCUCAGAUAAUAAAGAUAUUGUGGUAAACUUGGAUGAAGAUUUAGACGACUACGAUGGUGAUAUACAAAGUGUUUCUUUAGUUAAAACUACUUCCUUCACGCAAGGAACGGGAAACGUCACUAUGACACCAGUGAAUGGCUCUACUGGGGCCUUCAAAGACCUAAAUCCAGGUUCCUAUAAUCAUUUGGAGCUGGAAUACGACUCAUUCAGUGGAUCUUUAGCUGAUAAUGUGAAAAGGGUUCCAGCUGAGGGACUAGCAUUAAGGACUGAUGAUGAAAAUGAGGAGGCUGAUCAUCAGAAGGACCAUGAUGGUUUGACAAAGGAUAGUCGCCUGAUUUCUGAGCAAUUGGUAGACGAAGAGGCCAAUAUCGCCCUGGAAGUGAAGAAAAACAGAGAAAUAAUAGAACCAAAGCUACAAUUCCGAAACCUUUCGUCGCAAUUCACUGCAACUAAGAUUGAUUCCGAUAGAGUUGAAAGUUUGGGAGAGCAAAAACUGUCAAGUUUACAGGAAAAACAUGAGGAGUUAGUAAAUCAAAUACUCAAAAUCGAACGAGAGUUAGAAUUUGUGGAUAGCCUUUUGCCCUCUGGGUCUAAUUACCUUAACACGCCAGAAGGGAAACAACUAGCAAAGCUCAAAGUGGCUAGAGAUAAACUGUUCGAUAAAUGUGAGCUUCUCAAAAAGGAAAAGUAUGAACUCAGCAUCAAAAUAAACUACAAGUGGAAAAAAAUACAUGGUAUUGAUGGUUCUGACAAAACCGAGUUCUGGGUGCGUGGGGUCAGCAACUAA